ACAACAUGUCUGCCGGAUGCCGACAUAUCGUGGCAAGUGGUAACUCAGAAUUAGCCUUACGAAGCAGCUUCCCGGCAUACUAGCCACCGAGUAACACGCUGGACUGUCUGAUGGUUUACGUACGAAGCCUGUACAUCAAAUAUUCUGGUAAUAGGGAGCAGUGGACGAGAUUUUGUGAGUGGAAUUUGCAUAGGGGCCUGUGUGUUUCGUCGAGUUGCCGUGACGUGUGAGCUGUACAGUUAUUCCAUGCCGCCGACCCAGGCCUACGUAUACGGCACGAGCGCAGUUAACCAGCGAAGCCUUCGAUGACAGAUAGGCCUACAGUACAGUGCAGUUCCAUCAGCAUUCGUCGACAGAUGACUGCCUACCGAUGACUCAUUUAAGGUUUGCUGUAAUUUGACUCAAUGCCGAUUUUAUGGAGUGAUUAUUGGAUAUUUUGGAGAACAGUGGGGCUAGGUCGAGCCGCUGUGGUCUGUUCCUGUGUAGUGUGCAGAAAACAGAAGGGGCCACGGCCGGAGUUGGCGUUGUCGGUGGUUGUUUACAACAAACAGUCGUGAUCAUGCCGCAGUAUUUGCUCCUUUCCCCGGAUGAAAUAGUCGGGGAAUAUGUGGAUGGAGACCUUCGGGGUGGUGGGGAUGUGUUGGAUACUGGGGUGACUGUUGAGGAAGCUGUCCAGGGUGUUUUGGACGGCACACUAGGACCAGAGGACAUUCCCAUGGUUGAAGUAGAAAGACACUCCGGCCAGUGGUAUUGCAUCGAUAACCGCCCCUUAGCCGUUUUCCGUCGACUCCACCAGGUGGGGCAAUGUAAAAGGAUCAAGGUGAAGGUUGUCCAACGGCGAGGUCAAGGCCAUGGAGAUUUAGCAGACGAAUUUAAUGACCUAACAAUCACAGUUGGUAAAAGAGGAAACAGGACUGUUGCAGUGCAGCGCGAAGAAGAAAAUGGAUGUAAAGCUGGGUCAGAAGAAUGUGAGUCUAGCGAGGGUGGGAGGAGAAGCCAAGAUGAUCACAGCAUCAGCAGAGGUAGAUCCGAGAGGCCGACAAGCUCGCUGGGGAAAACAGCAAUGAGCAAGAGUUUACCAUCAAGGCGCAAUACUGCCUUGAGCACUGUACAGCCCACAACUGCAUCGCCCUCAACCCGCCGCUCCCUGCUCCACAGCAAGAGCACGGAGGCUCAGAAUGGCCACAGUUCUCAUCGCCCAAUAGCGAAUCAUUCAAUGCCGUCCAGGACAAGCAUCAAAACUGAUAUCAAAACACAACCAUUUGUGCGAUAUGGAUCAGGCAGAGGCACAACAAACUCUAGCUUUGUACGUGCAGGCUCUGGCCGAGGUGUGGGCAUCAUUUCUUCCUUCGUUCGGUCGGGGUCUGGGCGUGGGAAUGGAGUUGGUUCUAAUUUUGUACGGUCAGGAUCAGAAAGAGCACCGUCCGUCAAUUCUAACUAUAAUAAUAGAUCGGCUAAAUCAGCUACAAGUACAUCGCGUGGGAGCACAGCCACAGGCCGUCUGAGCUCUGCGAGUUUCGGAGGCGGGGAGCGCAAACAACCUCCCCCUAAGAGCAGUAAAGUAAUGUACAACAGCCACAGUAGUACCAGCACAAGUAGUAGCAAUGGCCCAGAUGAGCCACGAACUCUCAGUGAGCAGGAAAUGCAGCAAGGAUCAGAAUCAGAUGAUGAAAUGCUGUUUGUGUUUGAUGGACACGGGAACAGCCAGCGCCUGCCUAUUGAUAUGCUGGCAAAAACAGAUAGACAUCUUAGAACGUUAAAUCACCGCUGCUGGAAGUGCCGUAAGUACUUCCAAUCAAAGCAGGAGUUGUGGAUUCACAAAAGGCAGGUAGAUCACUGACCAGGUGUGACUUGCCUUGGUUUAUGUCAGCAGUGAUGCACCUUUAUAUGCCAUAUGGAAUCAGAACCUGACUUUAGCCGCUCUGAUACCAGAGGGAACCUUGAAAUGUUUGUUUGUAUAUUUUGAUAUACAUUGCUUUAGCUGAUUGCACAAGUGUGGCCAAUGUGGCUUUAUACAUAGGAGUGCAGGUGACAAAUGAGCGUGGGUAUUCUUAUAUUUGCCUAGUGAUAUAAGAGACUUUCAUGGCAAAAUUAACUAAGGAAGACUUGACUUGUGAUUUCAAGUACAGGUGCUGGAUGCUUUCAUUUGCUAAAGAAAUGUCUGUCUUUUUUUCUAAGCCCCAUGUAUGAUCAUUUGUUUACAUUUUCUCUCUUGUAUAUAUGAACUCCUACGUAACCCUUUGUGCUUUUUCUGUCAAUUUCAUGCUAAUAUAUUUCUCUCUGGGACUUGUGGAUACUAUCCAUCUCCACUUACAUGCACAGUGAGAAAAGAGACUUAACCGUUACAAGUAAUAGUAGACCCCUUUUGGCAUGUCUUUCUAUCUUCACAGCUUAAUAACUAUUACUGAAGACAGGUAGAGAGGAAUUUUCCAUCAAGGAAUCACAAUAAUUAAACACAGAAAACAAAGGGUCUUUUAUCACAAAGGGAUAAUGAUAUCAAGGUCCAUCAUUCCAGGUGUAAGAAAGGUGAUGGAUUGGCAGAAAUCGAAAGAACAACAAUCAAGAAUUAAGCAUAUCAGGAAGCAUAACUUCAGAUAUUUUUCCCUGGUAAGGCUCUAGAUUCACCGUAGAUGGAAUGUAAUUAUUGCUAAUGUGUUGUUGAGCCAUAAUCAUUCAUUAAUUCCAGUUUAUUCACCAAUUUCACAAGUACGCAGUACUGAAUAGAUGGGUAGAAGGGGUAGCUGAUUAAUUUAAUGCCCAGUACAAAGAUGUACAUUUGGAUAUACACCAGUAACUUGAAGCCUGAAAUUGAAAUAGCGAUAAUGCACGGUUUCUAAAUGCAUAUGGAUUACUGUAAAUGAAGAUGAAGGCCAUGUUGUUGGUAAUUCUAUCAUUUUAUAUACACAAUAGAGUGCAUUUUUGAUCCAGCAGGAUUUACCUUGCACGUUGAGUAUUAACAUGUACAUGCAGUUAGCUGACAAAUGAAUAAACCUUCCACAAACUGGCAGCGAAGUCAUUUGCUUGAAUGUUGACAUUGUCAGGUAUCAAAAGACACAGUUUACCAAUUUAUUAGUCAGAUUACUGUUUGGUGUCUUUGUCAAAUGAGCUUUAUCAGUCAUUAUCAGACAGCUUCAGUUUUAAUGUAUUUUACAGUUGAUCAUAUUUGGUUAAGCUUACUCCCCUGCCAUACCUUGAAAUACAUGCGUGCAUGAAUCUUAAGAAUUACAUUUUCUUUGCUUAGUGCCUGUUUAAAUUCUCACUGAAAAACUUGCUGGUCAUCAGAUUAGAAAGUUGCAGCAGAUUGGGCUGAAAUGAUGUAUUUGACUUGUACUUGUUCAGUAACUUACUGACUUAAUAAUGAAUCUGGGAGUGUGGUUGAACAAACUUUUUCAGGCUGUGUUAAAAUGAGCAGAAAAGACAAGAAAGAUGGGAGAAUUUGUAGAUAAUAAUAUAAAAUCAGCAAAAAAAAAGUUUAGUAGAUAAAUAAUGCACAGGUGAAAUUUGAUACUGUAUAUGUGGUUUUUAAACAUGUGGAAAGCUACGUGUAGGUUUUCUCUGCAUUUUUUACAAGUUAUGUGUUUGUCUACUGCAAGUCUCAUGCUUCUGCAGGUUGAUACAAGUUGAAAUGUUUCCUGCAAAGUUAAAGGGAGAUCACUCUACUAACCAAUGAAAAAUGUGCAUGCACUGUAGUGCUGCCUGAGCUUCAAUGCGGUAGCUCUGGUAGGCUUAGAGACCAUGGAUGGAUUAUAUGUGACAGUGCCAAUAUGCGAGCUAAUAAUGACAUAAUAUGGAAUUCAGUUCCAAGAAUAUUUCUAAUUGCGUGUAUGGCAGAUGAGUCAUAAUUACAUUUUUCUUAACUUACAAAAACAAAGACAAAUUUUAAGAAUGUAUUUCUAAUUUUGUAAGGCUUUGCAUAAUACCUGUAGACUGUCCCAGAUGCACAACAGAAUGUAAUGCAAAGUUGAAUACAGCAUAAUUUAUAAUAUGUAGAAGGUAUCAGUUAAAAAAAAAAAAGAUGAAGUCUUGAACUUAUUCACGCUGGGGUCAGUGUUCGCAGAUAUGCAAAAAAAAAUUUGUAACGUGUUUUGGUUAACUUCCGCAAAAGAGACAUAGCUUUGUAAACAACAAAGAGAAAUUUUUCUGUAGACAUGGGUAUAAAACGUUUUAAAGAUGAGACUUCAUUUGUUGGUGGAAGACAUCAAAGUAACUUUGCAUGGAAAGGGUGCAUGAAUUAUCCCACCUCACAAUUGGUUGCAGCUGAAAAGCGUACUGUUCAUUUUUGAUAACUGAAAAUCUUCUGUCAUUUCAAUAUUGAGAUUUAUCAAAAUUUGUUUGUCACCAACAGCAAGUUUCUAUUCUUUUCUUUCUUUCUUUUUUUUUUUUUUAAAGCAACUUAUGAAUUUGGAUGGUGGAAGACAAAAUACAAAAGUAUAAAUUUGAUAAUAAAUGUAUAUCUCCACAAAUAGUGGACUGGUUAGAUGUGAAUGUUUGUUAAGGUAUGAAGAAUCUAACAACAUAUCAGUAGAUGUGUAAUGCCAUGUUGAAAUGUAUCACCACUGUAUCAUACACUGAAUGCUAUGUGCAUAUGGUGUGUAUGUAAAAGUUUUGUUAUUUUGUUGAUUUCCACUAUCCUGGAUGGUUUAUCUAAUAUAUUGGUUGGCAAAUUAUUACAUCUGAUAGUAACUAAAACAUGUUGCAGUUUGAGUUUUUAUGGCUUUAAUAUUCACUCCUUUUGUUUUUGAUUAUUCUAAAGGUCCCUUUUUAACAGAGCUUAAGUUUACCUGGAAAUUGGCUGUGAUCAUAUAUGCUGUUUAAGAUACUUGUAUAUAUUUGUAUGUUUCGCUUGUCACAUAAUCUCUACCACAGAGAAAUAAAUACAAGAUUGAAAUCAAAAGAAAACUCACUUGUUAGAUUAUGCAUUGGUAUUGCUUCUGAGAGAAAAGCUUUGUUGUCUCAUGUUUGGAAAUUUGUAAUAUGUCAUUAGAUGAUUGUUUUAUCAAAUUUGUAAAAUUAACAUCUAAUGGCAUGUAAUAGAUCUCUCAGUAUCAGACAAAAGAACACAUGGAAAUGGAGAGAAUAUCCAUCAAAACGAUAUCAAAACUAUAAUAUGAACGAAGUGAACUAUAAGUGUUCUUUGGUAUGGUACACAUUAGCCGACAAUAUAAAAGUCUAA